AUGUCUGGGCAAAAAACAGGAACCAACGCCUCCAGUUGGGUCGUUGCUUCCCGGCGAAGCUCUACAGCGUCGCGCGCUCCAGAGAGGAGGCCAGCGGUGGAAGCGAAGCGCACAGGUCCCCAGGCUAGUAGGGGCGGCAGAGGUGGCGGCGGGAGAGACGCUGGUCUGCAGGAUCCACCUCUUUGUUUUGGCCUGAAAAACCACUUCGUCGGCCUGGUGAUCGGUCGUGGUGGGUCACAUAUAAAAGAUAUCCAGAGAACAACAAGUACCAAGAUACAGAUAAUAAAAGGAUAUCCAGAAUCGUUAGUGAAAAUAUUCGGCACCACAGCGAUGCAAACAAAAGCAAAAGCAGUGAUAGAUGAUUUUGUUAAGAAACAAGAGGAAAAUUAUUAUUCAGAACGCAAAGUUGAUAUUAUUGCCUUCCAACCUUCUGUUGAAAGAGGUCGAGGCACAGAUGACAAUGUUGCUGCAGAAGAUCGGCCUUUGAUAGAUUGGGAUCAAAUUAGACAGGAAGGUUUGAAAUGGGAAAAAAAAAAGUGGGCAGACUUACCUCCGAUUGAGAAAAACUUUUACAAAGAGUCAACAGCAACAAGCUCGAUGACCCAGGUGGAAGUAGACAAUUGGAGAAAGGAAAAUUUUAAUAUAAUGUGUGAUGAUUUGAAAGAUGGUGAAAAACGACCAAUCCCUAAUCCUACCUGCACAUUUGCUGAUGCCUUUCAAUGUUACCCUGAAAUUUUAGAAACCAUUAAAAAGGCAGGUUUUCAAAAGCCAACACCUAUUCAGUCACAAUCGUGGCCAAUAGUUCUACAAGGAAUAGACCUUAUAGGAAUAGCCCAAACAGGAACAGGAAAGACGUUGUCCUAUUUAAUGCCUGGAUUUAUUCAUCUAGACGGUCAACCAAAAGUUAGAGGAAAAAGGGGCAGACCCGGUAUGUUAGUUCUCACACCCACUCGUGAACUAGCUAUUCAAGUGGAAUCUGAAUGUUCGAAAUAUUCAUAUAAAGGACUUAAGAGUGUUUGUGUAUACGGUGGUGGAGAUAGAGACCGACAAAUUGAAGAUCUUAGAAAAGGUGUAGAUAUCGUCAUUGCAACACCUGGAAGGUUGAAUGAUCUGCAAAUGAAUAACUUUGUCACUUUGAAGAGCGUAACCUACCUGGUUUUAGAUGAAGCAGACAAGAUGCUUGAUAUGGGAUUUGAACCCCAGAUUAUGAAGAUUUUGUUAGAUGUACGCCCAGAUAGGCAGACUAUUAUGACAAGUGCAACUUGGCCAUAUGCUGUUAGGCGACUCGCACAGUCAUAUUUGAAAACACCAAUGAUUGUCUAUGUGGGAACAUUGGAUCUUGUAGCUGUGAGCUCCGUAGAACAAAGUGUGAUUGUAACAACAGAAGAGGAAAAACGAAGUCAUAUCCAAACUUUUCUAGAACAUUUGUCACCUAACGACAAAGUCAUUGUCUUUGUUUGCCGAAAGGCUGUUGCGGAUCAUUUAUCAAGUGACCUGAUUCUCCGACAUAUAUCAGUGGAAUCGUUACACGGCAACAGGGAACAAAGAGACAGAGAAAAGGCAUUACAAGAUUUUAAAACGGGAAAAGUAAGAAUCUUAAUUGCCACGGACUUAGCAUCCCGAGGUCUGGACGUUCACGAUAUUACUCACGUAUAUAACUAUGACUUUCCAAGGAACAUUGAGGAGUAUGUUCACAGAAUAGGGCGGACUGGAAGAGCAGGGAGAACAGGUGUUGCAAUAACUCUUGUCACAAGAAGUGACUGGAGAAUUGCAGCAGAAUUGGUCGAUAUACUGCAAAGAGCAAAUCAAAACAUCCCGGAGGCGCUUAAGGGAAUGUCAGAGAGGUACAAAGCCCAUCAGUUGAAAAAACAAAUGGAAAGAAAAAUGGCAAGAACUCAAGGCAGGCCCAGGAAGUUUUAUUAA